AUGGAUGUUGCAGUUGGGUUGACGUUCACAGAAGCGGGUUGGGAUGGCUGUAGCGCGCUAGCCCGGAAUGAAUUAGCUCAGCCUUACCGCGUGAAUCGUGGGAAUCCACUCAGCGCCCCGCCAAAGAUUUUCGAGAACCCCCGCCAAAAAUCAUUCACUUUCCAACAUUCGAAAGACGGUAUUCACACGCAGCGAUUCACGAUGUUGUAUCUCGUGGGGCUAGGUCUUGCGGACGAGAAGGAUAUCACAGUCAAGGGAUUGGAAAUUGUGAAGAAGGCUGAGCGCGUCUAUCUCGAAGCAUACACGGCUGUGCUACUGGUGGAAAAAGAUGUGCUUGAAGCUUUCUAUGGUCGAGAAGUCAUAAUUGCCGACCGUGAAACAGUCGAAUCCGAGAGCGACGCCAUCCUCAAAGACGCCGACAAAGUAGAUGUUGCGUUCCUUGUAGUUGGAGAUCCAUUUGGAGCUACCACACACACUGACCUCGUCCUCCGCGCUCGCGAACUCUCCAUUCCCACUCGCUCCAUUCCCAAUGCCAGUAUUUUGACCUCGAUCGGUACCACCGGUCUACAACUCUACAAUUUCGGCCAAACAGUUUCGAUGGUGUUCUUCCUAGAAAACUGGAAACCUGCUUCCUUCUACGAUCGCAUCAAGGAGAAUGCUUCAAUCGGCCUCCAUACUCUUGUGCUACUUGACAUAAAGGUCAAGGAACAGUCCAUUGAAAACAUGGCACGGGGCCGGAAGAUCUAUGAACCUCCGCGGUACAUGACGGUCGCACAAUGCGCACAACAAAUGUUGGAAAUUGAGGAAGACGUCAAGAAAGAAGGAGCCUAUACGAGAGAUAGCCUGGCUGUGGGUGUUGCGAGGGUUGGUAGCGAGGAUCAGAAGAUAGUGGCGGGAACACUAGGUCAGCUGUGCGAUGCGGACCUAGGGGCACCCUUGCACAGUCUAGUGCUGCUGGGACGGAGGACGCACGACUUGGAGAAGGAUUUCCUCGAAGAGUUCGCGGUCGACAAGGAGGGAUUCAAGGAGAUCUGGAAGAAGGAUUAUGAGGGCAAAGCAUAG